CGGGAAGGGCGGGGAGGGGGAGAGGGAGGAACAGGAGAAACUGUCUAGGAAUCUCAGCAAGGUGCGCAGCACGCUGCGGCAGUUCGUGCGCGACUGGGCGGAAGAAGGCGCGGAAGAAAGAGAAGCAGCCUACGGCCCGCUGCUACGCGCACUCGAGGAACACCUCCCCAUCACCCCGGGACAGGACCCACCGAGGGUUUUGUGUCCGGGCUCGGGUUUGGGGCGGCUGCCGUUCGAAGUCAUGCGCAAGGGCUACGCGUGCCAGGGCAACGAGUUCUCCUACUUCAUGCUCAUCGGUUCGGACUUUCUGCUGAACUCCCGCUUGACCCCCAAGUCUUUGCCGCUGCAGCCGUACUGCCUCUCGACGUCCAACAGAAGAUCCCAAACAGACCACCUGGAUGUCGUUUGGGUCCCCGACGUGGCGCCCAGCGAACACGUGGGCCCUUCCGCAGACUUCUCCAUGUGCGCAGGAGAGUUCGUCGAGGUGUACGGCAACCCGUCGACUUCGCUGCCGUCUUCGUCGCGGGUCUUCGACGGAGUUUUGACUUCUUUCUUUUUGGACACUGCGCGAAAUGUGCUCCUUUACAUCAAAACCAUCGCCCGCAUAGUCCGGCCCCGCGGCCUCUGGGCCAACGUGGGGCCCCUCCUCUACCACUACGCGGAAAUGCCCCACGAAAUGUGCGUCGAGUUCUCCGCAGAAGAAAUACUCGCAGGCAAACCCUAA